AUGGUUUCAUAUGAACCUAAAAAGAAUGGUCGCCAAGAAGGCUCGUAUAGAGGGGAGACAACAAUCUUUGAGAAUUAUGCUGCAUAUAGGGCACCUCCUACAACAAAGCCUAGAAGGGUAAAGUCUUCAGACGAAGAGACUGUGAAACUAUUCGAAAAUGGCUGUCAAUCGCAAUAUCCGUUAAGUUCUACUGUAUCAAAUCCUGUAACUUUUGGUCAAAGGAAUAGUUUAAGUAGGGUCAAUUCUCUCGAUCAGAAUCCAAGAUUGGCUUACCUCCAAAGGAUUCCUAAAUCUCAACCUGAUACUGCAUAUAGACAAACCGUUGCAAUUUAUCAAACAGAAUUCCUAUAUCCAGAUCCACAGCAAUCAUACGUUCAUCGUAAAACUUCUACCUCUAGAAGGUCAAUGACAAUUAAUGGUACUACUUCAAUACAUUUUUAUUCUGAUUCAGAAGACGUUCGGGAGGGUUCUAGAUCAAAAAAUUAUCGUAAUCAUCGCUCAUCAACAUUAUCCUCUGGUUCUGAAAUAUCGAGUGCUCCUUCGUCGCCUUCAAAAGUGGUAAAACAGCAAUUUUCUGUUGUUAAUCCUGCUCUACUCUCAAGAGUAUCAGAAUCAUUUCGAGCCCGGAUUACUCUUUCAAAUAGAAUGAAAGACAAUCUUGAAUAUAAAGAUUGUUUUGAUGGAAGGGAGGCCGUGCUUAUUACUCUGAUUUCUAUUUCAAAGGAUAAAAUCGCCUUUAUUAUCAAGACUACUGAUAGGAAUUUAGCUUUAUUACUCGGUCGUGCUUUAGAUGCUCAAAAAUUUUUUCAUGAUGUAACGUACGAUCAUCGACUUCGUGAUUCACAGAAUGAAUUAUAUCAAUUUAGAAAAAUGCCUUCAAUUUUAUCAUCAUCCGAUAAUUAUGGCUUUAAAAAAAAUGAUAACGAUGACUCUGAAGAAACUGACCUACCAACUGGAGUAUUUACAUUAUUAACCGACUGUUACUCUCCUACAUGUACAAGGGAUAAUUUAUGCUACAGCAUUGCCUGUCCUAGAAGGUUGGAACAGCAUGCAAGAAAACAUAUGAGACCAAAUCCAGACCUUAGUCGCUCAACCAGUCGUGGAUCUAUAGCUGAUAGAAGAAAGGAUCAAAAAUUAUGGAUACAUACCGUUCCUCCUGAAAUCGCUAAUUCUGUUUCUGAGGCUGAAAAGAAGCGUCAAGAAGCCAUAAACGAAUUAAUUUAUACUGAAAAAGAUUUUGUUCAUGAUUUAGUGUAUUUAAGAGAUUGUUGGAUGAUACCUCUCUUAUCUCAAAAUAUAAUUCCUGAAUUUCGGCGUGAGAAAUUUGUAGCUGACGUUUUUCAUAAUAUAAUGGAUAUUUAUUCAAUCAAUUCUAAACUUGGCGAUGCACUCCAAAAACGGCAAAAUUCAUAUGCAAUUGUUAGACAAAUUGGGGAUAUAUUAUUAGAAUAUGUUCCAAAAUUUAGUCCUUUUAUAGAAUAUGGUGCACACCAAUUAUGGGGGAAAUAUUAUUUUGAAAAUGAAAAAAACACCAAUCCAGCAUUUGCAGAAUUCGUUGAGGAUACUGAACGUCUUCCAAAAUCGAGAAAAUUAGAACUUAAUGGAUAUCUAACAAAGCCUACAACACGUCUUGGUAGAUAUCCACUACUUCUCGAGGCUAUUCUCAGACAAACUCCCCAAAGUCAUCCAGAUAAGACAAGCUUGCCAAAGGUAAUAAGUCUCAUUAAAGAAUGUUUAUCGAAUGUUAACACGGAGUCUGGAAAAUCAGAAAAUCGAUUCAAUCUGCAACAAUUAAAUGAUCAAUUAAUUUCUAAUGGGAGUGAAGAUUUUGAUUUGAAAUUAACGGAGGAAGGACGUCAGCUUAUAUUCAAAGGCUCCUUAAAAAGAUCUAAUGAAUCAUCUGACCUACAAGUAUUUCUAUUUGACCAUGCUUUAUUAAUGGUGAAAGUUAAAAUCAUAAAUAAAGUUGAACAAUAUAAAAUUUAUCGUAGGCCAAUUCCUAUUGAAUUAUUGAAAGUUUCUACAGAAGAGAGUGAUUCUGAAAGCAAUCGUUGCAACUCGAAGCGAACACAAUCAAUCUUGCCGGGAAAGUCACCGACUACCAACCGUGGAAGUAGUAAUAAUAGAUAUCCAAUAACUAUUAGUUGUCUUGGAAAAAAAGGUUUUACAGAAAAUUUAUACGCAUUGACAAUGGUAAGUCGUAAAAGGUGGAUCGAUCUUAUAGCAAAACAAAAAGAGGUCGUUGAUAAAAACAAAUCGUUUGAGAAACCUAUUUUGAUAGAAAAAGGUCAAUUUACCGGAGCAAACAAGAUUAACUGUGCUGCUUUUUAUGAACGCCACCCCAAUUUAGAGUGCAUUGUAGAACUAUCAAAAAAGAUGCUGUAG